AUGUCUCCUCUUCAAAAUCCAACGUCUCCUCUGCGCGACAUCACUCACAGCUACAGAACGAACCCAAGUCCGAGUAACGACCUCGAACUUCAUUUCCAGUAUCCGCUGCUAGAAAGCCAACCUGCCGGUCUACCUUCAGCAAACACCCAUCUUCGUGCUCCUACUUCUCUCACUGGUUUGACAUCUCAAGUUCGACGAGACAGUCUGAUUUCGGGCUCACAGGAGACGACGCUGUCGUUCACACCUUCUCCUGCACGUUUGACACAAUGGUCAGACGCUUCGUCUGGCCCUUCGAGAAACACAAACGCGUUUUCCGACUCGCCGUACCAAAGCCAAAGUAGCAUUGUCGACGAUCCUCCCUUGACGGCACUCUUUGCAUUGGACGAUAAUCCUUCACUCUCGCAACCGCUCGAUGAUGUCUCUCCCAUUGUCCGUGGAUCUCAGCAGUUGUCGGAUAUUGCCAAUCAAGUCCACGCAAAUGCACUGCUGGAUAGCGAAAAUGCGCCGUUUCUGGAACGAUUACUCUCAAGUGCAGGAGAGUCCUUCCAAACAGGAACCAAUUCACUGGAACCAAACGUUCCAACUCUCUCUUCACCAUGCAAGAUCUCAACAUCUCGGGCCAGCAGAUCGAACGAGCAGAACGAAAACGUUGACCGCACUGGGACAAUUAAAAAGACACCGUUACGACAAGAUUCCCGCACGGAUGCCUAUCCUAGAUCUGGUUUACUUUCUCCGCUCUCUCCAUUGCCAUCUACACCAAGUGCUAGCAGUGCUGACUCCUCACCUUCUGGCGUUGAUACCGUAAAGGCUCUGAAGCGCAGGCGCACUCUGGACACGACCAUAGAUCCUCGGCGGAAAAGACCGCGAGGGCAAUGGAAAGAAGAAAAACUUCACGUCCCCGGUGGAAAGGACACAGAGAACGUCUCGUCGUCUGCUGCCGGGAUGCCGUCUGCUCCAUCUACAUCUGCCCAAACACUCUCUGCCGACCCGAUAAGAACUACUCGCACCUUCCCUCCCAGUAUUGAAAUCUCUGCCGAUUUUCCUCUACUGUAUCGGCGCUUUCCUGUCAGUUCUUGGUACCGGCCACCAGGCGUAGAGUCGCCUUCUCCAUUUCCCCCUCCUCGCGCUCCCGGGGGAAUUUACAAUCAUCCUCGCGGCCCUCUUGACCUGUACACGCCUCGAUUUGUGAAGGGUCGAGGCAAGGAUAAGGUAGGAUUGUGUCCGAUUUGUGUGGAACGCCCUUCUCGGGGCGGCGAAGGAAAGAAAGUGUGGCUGCCGAUGAAGGUCUCCGCGUUUAAGUGCUACCACAUGCAAUACGCGCAUGGUGUAUCUGCGUCGACUGGUCUUCCUUUCUCUCCCCCAACCGCGUUCCGAGUCGUAUCUCGCCCACGGCCUGGCAAGAACGAGAAGACACAUAUCCAAGAAGGAAAAUGUCACAAGUGUUCCAAAUGGAUUGCCGUCGAAGGUAUCAAGAACGGAGAGUGCAAGGUCAAAGAGAUUUUCUGGUGGAAACACGCUGCUUCAUGUCAUCGCGGCUCGACGAUUGCAGGCGAAACCGAUAUUUACGAAGACGAUGAAGUCUUCCGUUGCUUGAAGGAGUUGACUAACUGA